AUGGUCCAGGGCUGGUUCGACGCGUUCCGGCAUAGCGGUUCCCCCACUUGGUACGGCGACCAUCGAACACCUGUCAUCGCCGAAGUGACCACCGUGCUCACUGGCCUUUUGUUUGUCUCCUUGUUCAGCACCUUUAUGAUCAUCUUUCCGGGAGUGCGCAAGGCGGUUAGUACCUUCAAGGGAGUCGCAACGUUGCCUGCGCUCGAAGCCGGCUUCGAAGAAUUUAAUUCAUUGAUAAAGAGAUGGUCCAGCUUACUAGCUUUCACACAGACCCUGUUCAUUGGAUCAGCUGUGCUUGGUGCAUAUUCCAGUCCAAGUUGGCAUCGAGCAGAACUGUCCAUAAAUGCGCCAUAUCGUUCUUUCUCUGAAGAACGACUCUUUGCAUUGCUGGGUGUCAAAAUCGGCUUGUCGCACAUGAAUGUAACACUGCAAAGUUUGCAAACAGUUGGUCAAAUUCGAUACUUGGACUUCAACGAGCGAUUCUACUUUCUAGAUGUUAAGUCAAUGGAGAAGAAUCUUAGAAGUGCCCUGCGGAGUGGUCUGCCUUAUCCAAUUAUCACCGUGAUUGAGUAUAUGAGUAUGGACAAAGGUGGUUUGUCAUGGGGCCGUCGAUAUCGCUUAGGGGGCUAUUAUACAAAAAUACUGCUUUGGUAA